AUUUGGGAAGAUCACAAAAGAGAUCACCAUCUCAUCGUGUUGACACCCUUCACUGAUACCCUCCUCUACUACGCAGCCAGGGUCAGGGAGAAGCAAGGUAUAAAUGUAGAACUGGAAAUCACACCAGCAAUACAACUCUGUCGGCAGAAGGUCCUGAAGGAGCAGGCAAAGGAGGAGUUGAUGGUGCUGCUUAACAGCAUUCCAGGCAGCACACAGUCGGAUGUGGAAGUUUGGACCCGUCAGAUAAAGGAGACCCUCACAGACGAGGACGUUGUUCCUUACCUGGCAGGAGAGAUACGUAGAAACUCGCAGAGCAACGUCGAGUCGCAUGGACAAACCAUUGCUGUGUGGCUCUCCAGAAAAAUCAAUUGGACAUCGGAGAGAAUAAAACAGCAGAUCAACGCCUACAAUGGAAGGAACAAGUCACCUCAAUUCCCGCCAAGACUGGAGUAUGUGGAUGUUCUCCAGCAAGACCAUCCAGUCUGGUCCCAGGUAUCCAACAGCUUGGGGGACAGUCUGCUCCGGGCAAAGCAGCAUGCAGUGAUGCUGCAUAACAUGUGCCUUAGGGCAGCAGAGGAGAGGCACCUUAUACAGGCAGACCUACAAAAUUGCCUUUUGUAUUGCCAGCGAGAGCUGGGGCUUUUUGAAGAGGCCCUUUCUUCUCUUGGGCAGUGUGAGGCCGAGCCAACACGCUUUCACCUGGGUGCCUCUGUGCCGCUCCGAAACAAAAUGCAGAACUUAUUAAAGCUCCAGCAAGCAUUUUCAAUGUUGGCUGGUGAUGGCUCGGUCAGCACAGAUGUAGAGGAGGACAGUGAAUCGGAGGACAGUGAUGCAGAAGAUGAAAGUGGUUAAGGAAUGUCUGUCUGUGUGUGCGUGUGAGUUCUAUAGGGACAAACUAUACACUGAGUAUUCCAAACAUUACGAACACCUUCCUAAUAUUGAGUUGCACCCCCCCCCCGCUUUUACCCUCAGAACAGCCUCAAUUUG